CUCACCUUCAUUGCUCAGCCUGUCUGGCCGCAAGGGGGCAACAUAUUGCGAAGCGAAGCCUAGUCAAGCAGUAGGCGAUCAGUGGAAGGCUUGGCUGCUUCUCGGUGACGCAUCUUGGGAGAGGAGAAGCCAUCUUCGCAUCUCGCUCUCGUAGGUCGCCAUGAAGGGUCUCAAGAAGGCCAUGAAUCUGUCUCGAUCCAAGUCCUCGGAGAAUGGAUCGGGACGAUCAACACCCAACCAAGGCAUACCUGUGCCCCCGCCCAAAGGCGGGUCUGUGCCAGCCAACGCCAGCUAUCAGGGAUCGCUCAAGAGUACAUCAGCUUCCUCCCCUUCAUCCUCAUCUACAUCCCUUCCAAGGGGUGGAGAAGGCCGGGCUGACGUGCGCAGCUCGUUGGGCGGCGGGUCUGGAACGCCAGAGAGACGUGGAGCAGGGGUUGCAGACAAGACGGGUCCAGCCCCUCCCAUCGUCGUCGUCUCGUCCGAGAUGCCCGCCGAUCCCAUUCCUCAUCCAGGUACAGCGUUGGGGCCAGGUGGUGUGCCAUUAGGAGGAUCUUCGAGCCCCCCGCCUCCCGCUGCGCAGGUUCCGCAUCUGGGCCUGAGUCCAAACAGCGGAUCGGGCUUGGGUGGACCUGGAGAUUUAGGGACACCUCCCAAGGCAGGUGCUCUCAAUAGACUCAGACAGGGUCAGAGCACCGGUCCGAAGGACACCAUUCCCGUUACGAAAACGCCCCCUAGAAAGCAGAGAAGCAGCCGCUUCCACGUGACGGAAAAAGUAGAGUUGGAAAAGUUGCCGAACUUCGGAGAGGUGGUGCCAGCAGACAGACCGGAGCUGUUCGUGCGCAAGUUGCGACAGUGCUGCCACGUCUUCGAUUUCAACGACGCGUCUUCAGAUCUCAAAGGCAAGCAGGUAAAGGCUCAGACCUUGCACGAGAUGUUGGACUACAUAACAAGUCAGAGAAACGUGAUCACUGAGGCGAUCUACCCGGAAGUGGUUCAUAUGUUCGGCGCCAAUCUCUUUAGAUCUAUACCUCCGCAAGUCAACCCCGUUGGCGACGCCUUUGAUCCCGAGGAGGACGAACCCGUAUUGGAACUGGCUUGGCCACACUUGCAGAUUGUAUACGAGUUCUUUCUCCGAUUUGUCGAGAGCCCGGAUUUCAACACAAAUGUCGCCAAGAAGUUCAUCGAUCAGCACUUUGUGCUUCAACUGCUCGAGCUUUUCGACAGCGAAGACCCGCGCGAGAGGGACUUUCUCAAGACUACCCUGCACAGAAUCUAUGGCAAGUUUUUGAAUUUGCGCGCCUUCAUCCGUCGAUCCAUCAACAACGUGUUCUUCCAAUUCAUUUACGAAUCGGAAAGACACAACGGUAUUGCCGAGCUGCUCGAAAUUUUGGGCUCGAUCAUCAAUGGCUUCGCGCUUCCUUUGAAGGAAGAGCACAAGACUUUCUUGACUCGAGUGCUCAUCCCUUUGCACAAGGUCAAGAGCUUGGCUCUGUAUCACCCCCAGCUUGCCUACUGCGUUGUCCAGUUCUUGGAAAAGGAUAGCAGUCUCACGGAGGAGGUCUUGCUCGGUCUCCUGCGGUAUUGGCCGAAGGUCAACAGCCCCAAAGAGGUCAUGUUCCUCAACGAAGUGGAGGAGAUUCUUGACGUCAUCGAGCCGACCGAGUUUGUCAAGAUCGAAGUUCCUCUCUUCCAGCAGUUGCAGCGCUGCAUCAACAGCCAACACUUCCAAGUCGCCGAGCGAGCACUGUACUUCUGGAAUAAUGAGUACAUUGUCAAUCUCAUCGGAGACAAUGUGCAAGUCAUUCUACCAAUCGUCUUCGCCAGCCUCUAUCAGAACUCCAAGAGCCACUGGAAUCGGACAAUCCAUGGGUUGGUAUACAACGCUCUCAAGCUGUUCAUGGAGAUCAACCCAGCACUGUUUGACAUGUGCACUAAUGACUUUAAGCAUCAGAGACAAGCGUAACGAGAGGCAAAAGUUGAAAGCUCGAGAUGAAGCGUGGAAGCGCCUGC